GGUUUUAAACAAACAAACAAACAAACAAAAAAAACAAAUACAAAUAUAAAUACAUCUGAUUAAAUAUUCCACGCCUAAGUGACGAAAGUGUGGCAAACGCAAUUGAAAUCGUCUUGAACUUUAUCCUUCAUUGAAGCGUAUUACGAAAACACGCAGCCGCAAAAUGGCAUCCUUUGUCUAUGCUGUUUGGAGUAUAACCAAUGUCGCUUCGGUGCAUUGUGCCGUGCGUCCAGAGCUGUCGCCCUGUACCUGUGAACCCAUCUAUGCUGACAACUAUGUGGAGCUGUCGUGCGAGAAGGUGGACUCGUUCCAUCAGAUCGUCGAUGCUUUGUCGAAUAAAUUUGAUCCGGACGUGAAUAUAAGCUUAAAAAUAUCACAUUCACAGUUAGAGGACUUGGAAAUGCGUUCGUUUAUGGAUAUGAAAUUGAAAUUGGUGAAGCUACGAAUGCAAUGGAAUUCUUUGAGAUCGGUGCCUGAAUUACCUUUUCGAGGGUUAUCAAAUGUGGAGUAUCUCAGUGUUGGCGACAAUGAACUCGAAGAAAUCCCAAAGCACAUGUUGAAUCAUAUGCCAAUUGUGAAAACAUUCGAUAUGGGACGUUGUCGCAUACGUUCCGUGCUGCAGGAUGACCUCAAAGGCAUACAAAUGGUUGUGAAUCUCUUCUUGCCCAGCAAUAAUAUAAAACGUUUGGAUAAGGGCGCAUUUCCGACCAGUUUAUUUACCUUGCAUCUGGGACGCAAUCAAAUCGAAAAUCUCAAUGGCACACUUCGACAUCUGGACAAAUUGGAAUCCUUAUUCAUUAAUAUGAAUAGAAUCAGCAGUUUGGAUAAUGAGCUACCCGAAUCGAAUCGCUUGAAAUUGAUUAUGGCACAAAAUAAUCGCUUAGAUCGCCUGCCGGAGAGUAUGCGCUACAUGCACAAGCUGGAGAAUUUGCAUGUGCAACACAAUUGCAUACGCACCUUUGAUGCUAUCUUCAAGCAUGCGAAGAACUUGAACGAAUUUCAUGCCUUCAACAAUGAGAUCGAGUAUCUGCGUCAGGAUGAUUUUCUGGAAUGUGAAAUGCUGGAGGAUAUCGACUUUUCGGUUAAUCAUAUCAAGUCUUUGAAUAAUUCCCUUUUGCCGCUGAGUCGUUUGUAUCGUGCCAAUAUUUCAUAUAAUGAAAUCGAAGAAUUCUCAAUGAACGAGAUUCGUGGUUUGGUGAUGCUGCGUCAUUUAAUGUUGAAUAACAAUAAAAUCAAACGUCUCACCGGUCAUCAGGAGAACAAUAUCGAUCAGAACUCAUACUUGUUCGAGCUUAAUUUGGAUCACAACGAACUGAAAACCUUGGAUGGUGCUUUGAUGGGCUUGAACAGCUUACGUAUAUUGAGUUUGUCCUUCAAUCAACUGGAGCGCAUUCUACCGGAGGAUUUUAUCGGUUUGGCGAAGUUGGAGAUUUUAGAUUUGUCGCACAAUCAACUAUUGACACUGAAGGAAAUGGAGAGGACAUUCCUUCCAAAUCUGAAAAUUUUAAAGGCAGCCUACAAUAAUAUUACAAGAUUGGAAAAGGAUUUCCAUGGCUUACCCGUACUGUGUCAAGCCAACCUUACGAGCAACCAAAUAUCAUCGAUUUCUUCCGAAUUAGUUUCGCAAACGAGGUGCAUGAAUCACAAUGUUCCUGGCAAAUUGGAAUUGUAUUUAGAUGACAAUCCAAUACUCUGUGACAAUCGCCUCAACGAACUAUGCCCCAUUAUGCUGAAGCAAGAGACGCGCAUACGUGGCAAAUCACAGUGUUUCGAGAGCGACCAAGAGGUUUGCACCGUUUUGCCAAUGUUGUUUGUCAAUAACUAUCCAUUGAUUAUACCCACGCAAUUGAGCCAACAAGUAUUGGCCAAUGCGAAACCCGUCGUCAUAGUACCGCUACUCAAUCAGCCAUUGAAUAAUGCAGAUGACGUGUUGCCACCUUUGAUUGCGCCGCUAGGUAAACCGAUUUUAAAGCCAAUAAUAAUUGCGCCAUUAUCAGCAAUCACUCCAACCACAAGUUCCACUACGACGACCACCACAACAACUACUACACCCGAACCUAUAGCCAAUGAGAAGGACGAAACUUUGGAAGCACCGACAAAGCCAACAGCGCCAAUUUUGGAAACUAAUGAAACAGGCGAUGCUGAGCAUAUUCAUGUUGCGGGUAAACCAAACAUGGCUGAAGGAUAUGCAGUGACAACAACCACCAUAACUUCCGCACCGAACACAGCCAAAGAGUCACCGAAUAUGAUUGAUUUGAAUAAUAAUACAAUGGAAACAACAUUUGAUGGCAAAAUUGAUGCAACAGUUGGCGAAAAGGUGCCCACAGCAGAGGCCGAUAUUUUCAAGGAGACAGAAGAGCAACCACUACAACCGCCGCAGGUUCUUUCUGAGUUAACUAAGAUCGUGGCUCCUCCAGUUGCGGUAGUGCCAUCAUCGGCUGUUGCUGUCGAAGAGGUUGCUGAAGUAGCUAUACCGAAGACAGUAUCAAUGGCGCCACCAACUGAGUACGCCACUGUCGAAUAUAUUCCAAAUUUGGAUGAAUUCCUACCGGGAAAUCGUCAGCCGCCGAACGUACUCGAAGAAGAUUCGAAUUCGAAUUCGGUGCAUGAAGAAUUUCCGUCGGUCGUUUUGGCCGAUCUCGAUAAUGCACCGCAAAGUCUACUAACACCAGAUGAGCCACCCGAAAAUCCUUAAAUUUGUAAGAAGCACAAAAACAAAA